UUCCCCCCUCACUUCCUUCCACAACCUCACACACACACAAAAACUACUACGAACUUCUUCAAACUCUACAUCCUCAAGUCGCACGGAUUCGUUUUUCGUUAAUUUGGCAAAUAGGUAUGGUUUUGCCGAUGUCUCGCGCGACGAGGGUGGCCGGGAGGCUGAUGCCAGAGAUAUCGUUGCUGAGACGGGGGAGGAAGUCGGCGGCGAGAGGCGGCGACGAUGCGGAGGUGGAGGUGUCGGUGCCGGCGAACUUCGUGUGCCCGAUCUCGCUUGAGAUGAUGAGGGACCCGGUGACGGCGCCGACGGGGAUCACGUACGAUCGGGAGAGCGUGGAAGGGUGGCUGGCGAGGGGGCACGACACGUGUCCGGUGACCGGCCGGCCGGUGAGGCUCGCCGACCUGGUGCCCAACCACGCGACGCGGCGGAUGAUCCAGGACUGGUGCGUGGCGAACCGGGCGCGCGGGGUGGAGCGGGUGCCCACGCCCAGGGUGCCCGUCGGCGAGGACGACGCCGAGGAGGUGGUAGCCGGGGUGUCCGCCGCGGCGAGGCGGGGCGACGCGGCGGCGUGCGGCGCCGCGGCCGCAACGGCCAGGGCGCUCGGGAGGGAGAGCGAGCGGAACCGGCGGUGCCUCGCCGGCGCGGGCGCGGCGCACGCGCUGUCGUCCGCGUUCGGGCUGCUCGCCGGGGAGGAGCCCGUCGUCGAGGGCGCCGUCGCCGGCGCGCUCGGGGAGAUCCUCGCCGCGCUCACGGUGUUCUUCCCGCUCGACGAGGAGUGCCGCAGCUGCAUUGCCUCGCCGCCGUCGCUCAAGUCGCUCGCCUCGCUGCUCUCCCACGGCGGCGAGCUCGCCGCGCGGGUCAGCGCCGCCGUCGUGCUCCGCGAGCUCGCCUCCUCCGGCGACCGCCACGCCCUGGAGGCCAUCGCGAGGGCCCACGGCAUGUGCGACGCGCUCGUCGGCCUCGUCACGAGCCCCGUCUCCUCGCAGGCCACCAAGGCCGCCCUCGUCACGGCCUACUACCUCGUCUCCUCCGGCGACCGCGCCGCCGCGCGCUUCGCGGAGCUCGGCGUGGUCCCCGCCGCCGUGGAGCUCCUCGUGGACGCCGACAAGGGGACGAGCGAGAAGGCCCUGGCCGUGCUCGACGCCGCCCUGUGCGCCGACGCCGGCGUCGAGUCCGCGCGCGCGCACGCGCUGACCGUCCCGGUGCUCGUCAAGAAGAUGUUCCGGGUGUCCGACAUGGCGACGGACUUCGCCGUGUCCGCGCUCUGGCGCCUCUGCCGCGCCGGCGCCGGCGCCGCGCCGUGCCGCGCCGAGGCGCUCCGCGUCGGCGCGUUCCAGAAGCUGCUGCUGCUGCUCCAGGUGGGCUGCGCCGGCGUCACCAAGGAGCGCGCCAGCGAGCUGCUCAAGAUGCUCAACGGGUCGCGAGGCAGCGUCGAAUGCAUCGAGACAGUGGAUUUCAAGGGUCUCAAGAGGCCAUUCUGAAUUUCUGAUCAAAGUUGAUUUUUGUAGAUUUUUCUUUUUGAGAGUUAGAUGUGUGGAUAAAACAUACAGGCAUGGUAGUUUUAGGACACAGGGAAUUUUUUUUGACACUGUAAUUGAACAUUCUUAUACACACAGAAAUCAACAACACACAGGAGAAACAAAGAUUUUUUUUCUUAUUAA